AUGCUUGGCUCGUUGGUGCUCGGCACCGUCUUUCUACUGCUCCAACCGGUGCAUUCCGCCGUCACAUGGACCGCGACGCCUUUCAAUCCUGCAGCAUUUCCGCUCGCUGUCCGCUCUCCUUACCUGUCCGCAUGGUUGCCUCAAGGAGAGGGUAACGCGUUGAAUGCAGUUUGGCCGCAGUUUUGGACUGGCUCCGUAGGCGUCUCUAAGCCGAUCACACUAGGAUGGGCGGGUUACAUCAAUGUUGAUGGCGUCUCAUAUAACUUCUUGGGAGACCCCGGAGUUCCCAAUACGAAUGCGCAAAAGGCCGUCCAGACUAGCUCGGUGUUCACUAGUACGCAGAGCAUCUUCACGCUGACCGCCGGUCCUGUGGACCUCACCGCAACCUUUCUGAGUCCCGUUGAACCGAGCAAUCUCCUUAAUCAAUCAUUGCCCUUCUCCUACCUGGCUCUAACGGCGACACCGAACGAUGGAGCCUCGCAUUCAGUGCAAGUAUACACUGACAUCAGUGCAGAAUGGGUCUCUGGUUCCGACAGCCUUACGGUCAACUGGACGACAACAGUCGGUGAUGUGAUCACUCACCAAGUGCAGCUCGAGAACCAAGCGCUGUUCGGCGAGGUAAACGAUCAAAUUCAGCAGGGGCCUGGCUAUCACUCUACACGGAUGACUCCUGGUACAACGUUCCAGACGGGACAGGACAUCGUUGUUCGCGCACAAUUCAUCAAUCAUAGCACUCUAUUGGACACACAGGACACGAACUUCCGCGAUGUAUCCGAUGAUUGGCCUGUCUUUGCGCUUGCUCACGAUCUUGGCACGAUCUCAGGACCCUCCGAGCCCGUCGUGUACUCUGUGGGCCGUGCUCGUGACCCUGCCAUCGAAUACCUCAUUGCGAACGAUGCGGUGCAGUACAGAAGCUCGUACUUCUGGUCCAAAUAUCCUACUGCAGACGAUGCAAUCUCGGAAUUCCUCGGUGACUAUAACAACGCGCUAGCACGCGCAAACGCGUUCGAUGCACAAGUUAGUGCAGACGCCAACAAGAUCUCUAGCACAUAUGCGGGCCUAGUAGCAUUAUCUGUCCGACAGGUGUUUGGAGCGAUCGAGAUAACCGUAUCAAAAACUAGUUCUGGCCAGUUUAAUACUUCCGAUAUCAUGACAUUCCUCAAGGAAAUUUCUAGUGACGGUAAUGUUAAUACCGUGGAUGUCAUAUUCCCUGGUUGGCCGCUGUUCAUCUAUACGAACCCGGUCAUUGGCAGAGAUUUACUGCUGCCUCUGCUCAAUUAUCAGGAGACAGGGCAGUAUCCGAACAUGUGGGCUUGUCACGAUAUGGGAUCUAUCUAUCCACAGGCAUUGGGUCAUAAUAACGGCGACGAUGAGAAGAUGCCCAUUGAAGAGAGCGGUAACAUGCUGAUCAUGUCUUUAAGCUACGUGCAAAAGUCGGGGGACAUAUCUUACGUCUCGACAUACUACAACCUCCUCAAUCAAUGGACAGAAUAUCUCGUUGCGAAUACUCUUAUACCUGGCGACCAGAUCAGCACGGACGACUUCGCGGGGCCUCUGGCAAAUCAGACAAACCUUGCUAUUAAGGGAAUCAUCGGUAUCAAGGCGAUGUCUGUGAUGGCGGAAAUGGUUGGCGAUAUGGCGACAAGCGCGAAUUAUAGCGGUAUUGCUGCAUCAUACGUCAAACAGUGGCAAGGUUAUGCAACGUCGACCGAUGGGCUACACCUUACACUUGCGUACAACAACGAGACUACAUGGGGCCUGUCGUACAACAUGUAUGCAGACAAGCUGCUGGGAACUAACCUCAUUCCCGAUUCCGUGUACGAAAUGCCUAACUCCCUUCCCCCUGAUCCGCCAGAAACUGCUUGGUAUCCCACUGUAGACGAGGAGUAUGGUGUUCCGCUCGAUACUCGUCAUCUCUACACGAAGUCAGAUUGGCAGUCGUGGACUGCUGCCUUCAUGACAAACACGACAGUCCGCGAUAUGUUCGUCGAUGCUGUCCAGAAAUACGCCGCGGACGGGGAGAGCUCUCAGCCGCUCGGGGACUGGUACUGGGCGAACGACGGCGAGGUCGAGGGCUUCCGUGCUCGGCCUGUCGUAGGAGGCCAUUUAGCCUUACUUGCUUUGCAAUCCGUAGAGUAUGCGGAUGUAAGCAAUAUAACUGCCAGUAAUCCUAACACUACUAAGGGCUCUACUAAUACAUCUAUUGGAUACAGGCAUGAAGCACGGCGCGUGGAUGUAGUUUCUGUGAUCCUUGCAGUAGUGGUGCUUUCUGGGACACUUGUACUAUAG